GGGGUUAAUCACCUUCAAGGAUGUGGCUGUGGACUUCACCCUGGAAGAGUGGUACCUGUUAGAUCAUUCUCAGAAAGAGUUGUAUCUGGAGGUCAUGCUAGAGAAUAUGCAGAAUCUACUCUCUGUUGGUCUUCCAGUUCCUAGAGAAAAUUUUAUCUCCUGUUUUCAGCAAGGGAAAGCACCAUGGCUGCUAGAGCAAAAAGACCCAAGGAGCUCCUGCCCAGAGGCUGAGAUCAGUUUUCAAGUGAAGAUGUCUUCAAAGCUGAACCUUUUUGAAGAAGGAUCUGGCCCCCAAAGAUAUAUGAAUGAGGGUCUCCGUGACUCUCAAUUUUUGAGAGAAAUUUGUGACUCUAAUAUCAAGGUAAAUAAAAAUCCGAAGAAUGACUGUGAAUGUGAUGAAACUGCAGAGAAAUUCAGCCAAUAUUCAGUCCUAAAUCAGUAUAUGAAAUUAUCCUCAGGAAAUGACUGUUGUAAGGAUAGCAAAUAUAGGAAGUGCUUUCCUGAAGAAGUGGGACUUGUUCAGUCUUAUGAGAAACCUUCUGAAAUGUCCCUGUAUCAAGGUAACUUAGGGGGAAUAGCCUUUGGCUACAGUUUAGACACCAUUAGACAUCCAAAAAGUAAGUGUGUCAAGCUUGUUUCUGUGAGUGAUAAAGGUGGGAGACCUUUCAGUCAGAACUCUGAGCUUGCUGCACAUCAAAUAAUUCACUUUGGAGAGAAACCUUAUGAAUGUAAACAGUGUGGAAGGGUUUUUACAGAAAGGGGCUCUCUUACUGCACACCAGACAGUCCACACAGGAGAGAAACCUUAUGAAUGUACACAAUGUGGAAAGGCUUUUAAACGGAAGGACUAUCUUACUGCACACCAGACAAGCUUUCCCAGACUCAUUGCCUACACCUGCCUACCAGGAGAGCCAGGCAGCUGGGUCUCUUCCUCACAGAGACUGUUCCUGCUAACUCUUGCUGCUGCUGCUGCUGCUGCUGCUUCUGGGGGAGUGCAGGACCAGCAUCCAGACUAUGUGCACUGGUCUAAGAACUGCCUCAGCAACCAGUUGGAAUCCUGUAGUUCCCUGUGGGGGGAAGAGGGAGGUGGGGGUGGUACCCCACAAGGCAAGAAGCCAGGGGUGCUGUAA